AUGUUCCGUGAGCGGGACCGUGGCAGGCGUCGGGACAAGUGGAAGCUGCGACACGACGGAACACCAGCCUUGCGCGACCCCUCACACGUCACCGCCUACUCUCCGCUCUGCACACCAUCGUCCAUAGCCAGUGGUGUGCAAAGGAAGAAGGCCAGACGGAAGAAGACCAAAUGGGAGAGGAGCAGACGGAAGAAGACCACAUGGAAGAGGAGCAGAGGAGGAAACGGCCGUGGUGGACCAGGCAUCAAGGAGUCGAGCGGAGUGGAAGUUGGUGAUGGUGUUGAUGAUGGUGUUGGUGAUGGUGUUGGUGAUGGCGAUGGUGACAAGAAGCACUGA